AUGACAACCCAUGCUGCAGAUGCAGACCGCGUUUCGACUCCCAUCGAGAAACCCACCCUCACCCAGCCAUACAUGAACCAACUGCAUCCGCGCGUUGACACAACGAAGCUGCUGGUGGACUGCGUCUUCUCGAAGCAGAAGGACCUCGAGCUCGUCUCUUCUGGCCAAGUCUCGCUACCAGACAUUGUCUUUUGUCGUGCAUUCAGACAUGCAGCAUAG